AUGCCCCAUGGCUUCGAUAAGCUCCUUCACCACGAACCUCAAUCAUCACCCUCACCACCACCCCGACGAAAAUCUACCCAAUCCCGUUACCACCUUCAUAUCCGUCAGCAGCCCCUCGCAGCACGAGCAUGCGGCGCAGGCGACCGAGACCGCCGUCCAGUCGACCCACCCCCAAUAGUGCAAAUCCUUCUGUCAGACUUUGACUCCGAGUCUCAAGAUGACCGUGAUAUGCUUCAAGACCCACGUUUUACAGUGGGCUGCUUAUUAUUCCCUGUACCAGAUUCAUCCAACCCGAUCCAAGACGAUCAAAACCCAGAAAGAGAAGGGGACGGGGUAGCCCGCGCAGACGACGACUUUUUCACCCCCCUUCUCUCAGGCAAAGCCUUCAUGUCCCCCUUCUACGUUGACGCAGACCCGGAUCCAAACUCCGCUCCUACACAUCCCUCUUUCGAAUACUCUCAAAGCCCCUCCGAACCUGCCGGACCCAGCAACCUUCGCAAUGCAUCAAAACUCCACCAACCCGCUACAUUCUUCAUCUUUGUUGAUCUUUCGAUUCGCACAGCGGGCACGUACCGACUUCAAUUUAGACUAAUGAAUUGGGGUUCGGUGGAGGAUACGGGUCAGUCGAUGCCCAUUCUUGCCGAAGCAUGGUCGGAUCCAUUUCGUGUUUAUCCGGCGAAGGAUUUCCCAGGAAUGCAGGAUUCUUCGAUAUUGGCGGAGGGUUUAAAGGAGUUGGGGUUCGUGGAGUUGAAGACGAGGGGGAAGGGCAAGGGGAAGGGGAGGAAGAGGCAUGGAAUGGAUUAA